GCGGUUUUGUAUGCAGUAGAAACAAUUAACAAUGACAAGUCCCUCUUGMCAAAUGUGACUUUGGGAUAUGAUAUCAUAGACGUUUGUUUCAGUACAGCAUUGGCAAAUAACAUGGCAUUUGAGUUUGUUUCUAGAAAUAAAGCUACAAAACUCAAGUACCAAGUCAAUGACACUUCUGACAGCUUUCAAAAAUACUUUGGAAUUGUUCGGAAGCCGAUUGCAGCAGUAGUGGGAACUGGAGAUUCCAGCAGCUCUGUCGUAGUCGCCAGCAUGUUGAAUAUUGAUGAUAUUCCUCAAGUCAGCCCGUUUGCCACUAGUGASGAACUSAGCCAGCCCUAUUUCAAGACGUUCUAUCGACCCGUGCCUCCAGACGGACAACAAGCCAAAGCCCUCGCUGACAUUAUAGACUAUUUCAAAUGGAAGUUCGUGUACGUUGUUGGCGAGGACUCUUCUUACGGAAGAUAUGGCAUUAUGGCCUUUGAAAAUGAGGCUUUGAAAAGAAGCACCUUCUGCAUAUCAGAAAUAUCCUACUUUCAAUCGUCCGGUUUCCAGCAAAAAAUGAAAGCCRUAGUUGAAAAAAUCAAACAUGCGCCAAAUGUGAAAGUAAUAGUUUUAUGGGGAACUCUCAUUACUUCGAUUGCUUUCAUAGAAGAAGCGUACAGGCAGGGCUUUACUGGACGCACGUUUCUUACACCCGAGAUUUUUUCAGAAGCAACACCUUUGUUUAAGAACAAAUACAUUCAAAUAAUUGGAGGGUUUGUGGGAACAAGGCUAAGAAACUACAACCUUGAUGGAUAUUUUCGCCAUUUAACMASSUUGAACUAUUCAUCUGCAAGAGUUCAGMACCAUACUUGGUGGARAGAGUACUGGAUGCUCCAAMAGAAWUGUGAAAACAUUUUGACMUGCGACUUUCAAAACUUUCACAUCACAAAACAACAAUAUGAAGUCAUGUAUUCUGCUUAUCUCCCUUACGUUAUCGACUCAGUAUAUGUUAUCGCACAUGCUCUUGAUGCUAUAUACCGCUGCCUUGGCAAUGAUUGUCCAAAGACUGAACCAUUUGUUUAUCCAAAAGACAUCUUAAGUUACAUGCGCAAUGUAACGUUCGAAGGAGUAACAGGAAAAGUUGAAUUUGAUAAAAAUGGAAACUCCAUUAGUUCGGCCGCUUAUGAUAUUAUUAAUUUACACGCAGGGACCACAGCCCCUAAAUUGAAGAAUAUCGGCACAUGGGAUCAUGGCAAUGCGAUUCGAUUGAAUAUAAGCAAUCAUUCAUUGUAUUGGAACAACGGCACUAACAAGGUUCCAAUAUCGGUAUGCAAGGAACCUUGUCGACCAGGGUACAUGCAGACACUGACAGUGCCAUGUUGUUGGAAGUGUAUCCGCUGCCAGAUUGGAUUUGUUAGUCAAAGAUACAGCUCUUCGAAAUGCACUGAGUGUCCAUUAGACAAAAUGCCUGACCAAGAUCGGACAGAGUGCAUUGACUUGCCUGAAAUGAAUAUCUCAUUUCAUGAUUCUCAAUCAAUUGUCCUCRUUGUAGUGGCGGCCUUUGAGCUUAUUUUAGUUCUCUUUGUCCUUGYCAYCGGUUUCAAAUACCGAAAUACGCCAAUUGUCAAGUCUUCCAAUCGAGAAAUGAGUGUCUUAUUUCUUUUCGGUAUAGUCGUUGGCAUAGUUUCUGGAGUUAUCCGCCUUGCUCGCCCUACACCGUUGAUUUGUUAUUUCAAYAACCCUCUUCAYGCCMUCUACUACACGCUAUGCCUAUCGAUUCUAAUCGUCAAGACCAACCGAUUGGUUCRAGUGUUUAAACUGAAUUUCGUGUCGUCAAAAUUUAGUCAGCUCUGUAAUCUYAAGAAUGCGCAAUUUGUGAUUCUGUUCUGUUUAAACACGAUAGCAAUAGUAUUGKUGACAUUAUGGCAUGUACUCGACCCACCUUAUGUUCACGUUACAAUGGAACGUUUAAAGUCAAAGCACUURGGAUGCAGAGGACAUAAGGGAACUGUUGGCCUUGYUCUUCAAGCAUCAUUGUAUGCAUACCARUUYAKUCUGUCCAUCUUCUGUGCUUACUACGCGUUCAAGGCCAGGAAYCUACCAGAAAACUUUAGYGAAGCACGUUACAUUGCCUUUGCAAUGUACAUGCAACUUYUGUGUUCGAUGUGCUAUGSUAUAUUGCAAAACACCGUGACGGGGAGGUUUUUAACAAUYUUCUCAUCAGCGAUAUUAUUUGUAAGUUCAAUUGGKUUUCUCGUGUGUAUGUUUGCUCCAAAGGYYUAYAUCAUUCUUAAAUUCCCUGAAAAAAAUUGUGCAGAAUAUGUAARAGCAACUAUUGCGGAUCACUCUUUUCAAAGAAACUUUAACAUUGGUGUUGCUAAGGGAAGAGAUGCUUUUUCUGGCGAUAGCAACCUUAAGAAAGAAAUCCGACAUCAACAAUCAAAAGAUCCUGGCAAAACGACCACGGAGUUUGCAGAACCGGUGGAAGAUUCUGAUGGAGUUGUUAAGGGGACAGAAGCUCACAAAUGCAGUAACAACUCUGAUAGAGUAUUGAAGGAUCAGAAGAAAGACGAAGACGAUCGCAAAAAAAAAAAACAAUCUUGA